AGUGGCCCAUGGCCACACUUGUGCAUGUGCGUUAGAGCGCGGGGAGAGGUUCCUUUCCUCCUGGGCAGAGUUUUUAUAUAAGCCCCUCUAUGUGCCACUCGUCUCUCGCCAACAAACCAACAACAACAACCAGCCAGGCCAGCGGGCAACAACAACGCACACGCGUAUAAAUAAACGUGAACGCAUGUACUUAAUAUUAGCAUAGAGUUGUCGCCUGCGUGCAUUGCAUAUACAUAACAUAACAUCCAUACACUCCCAUGACAACGGGACUUCAUCCAGAAGGAGGGCAACAACAGUAACGGCGGAGCAGCCAGAGGAAGAGGAAGAGCAAAGGCGAAGGAGAACGAAAACAAGAAGAAGAGGUAGUGGAAGAGUCCAGCAGGCACCACUCACCACAGACCGCCCAAAGGUCCCAAUGCUGGCGUAAGGAAGCCGAAACACCUGCUGCUGCCAGUGGAAAAGCGGGAGGAGCUGCUCCAAACUGCCCAGGUGACAUCCAACCGGUUAGGGGCGACGCACCUGCCGCCUUGAGGAACUGGGUGCUACGCAGGAGGACACGGAUACGGCAACGGUCACGGACUCGAUUCCGCAGUAGCGGCCACCAUGAACGCCAGCCUCAUCUAUGAGAUACUUAUGUAUCUGAACUCGUUCUACUUUGGCAUGUACGCCGCCUUCGAAGUGGGCGUGGGCGUUCUAAAGGCCAUCAAUCUCAACUACGGCGAGAACGCAUUGUCCCGGGAGGCCAGCAUCCUGCUCUCACUGUGCAUCAUCGAGACCGUGCGCAUUGUCUUCGGCCGGAAGAGCAGUCUAAGCGAUCGUGGCUGGCAAGCAACCGCAUCCGUAAUAUUAACACUGCCCAGUCUUGCUAUUGUUAUCUACUUGUGUUGUUUUCAAACCUUUGUUCUCAAACUCGAAAUUAUUCUGAGUGCCUUAAUGAUCACCCUACAAGGUGCUGAACUAGUCUACGCCAGCAUAUUCAUUUGUACAAUGUGUCGCCCCGUCACAUACACCUAGCAGUUGAUAAGCUGCGUUGCCGCCGCCACGUCAACGACCAAGAUCGAGAUCAAGACCAAGCCAGCACUAACACUCCCACCUGGAGGAGAUGGAGAAGAAGCAUCCACAGCCGAGCGACGACUACGACGAAGACGAUACACUUUCCUUUGGCAUUUUCACAUCAAGCGACUCGCAAAGGCCUCAAAACUAAGCCACUUUAAUGCAGACUAAGCCACCGCACACAAAAACCAAACAAAAAAACUACACUAGACCGCCUAGGGAUCCACAC